AUGACACUGUUCUGGCAGUUGUGGCUGCUGCUGUUGCUCUUGCUGAGUGUUGCCAAGCAGUGCUCAACACAAGAAGAUGCUCACGCACGACAACGCAGAAGCAAUAUUCCGUGCGGUACGAGUUUUACGCCGUGCUCAAACGGUCCGCUUGAUUUUGAUGACAACAACGGAAUCAUCGAUGAAGAUGGAGAAGAGGCGUUGAUCGCGAACUCCCAAAUACCGAGAUUAAAAAAUAGUGAUGAGGAAUUGGAGGAAAUCGUUUCUCGAAAGAACUUGCUCACUGCGAUCAAGGAUGCACGAUCGGAUAUGAAUGAAUUAUUCAAUAGAACUGAAAGAAGUCUAUUCAUCGUUUCGAAUGAUCAGACUCUAUCACAAGCGGAGAUAAAUUGGUCUGAAAUGUACCGCAUUGAUCGUUAUGCUAAAGAUCUCUCGUACUCGGCUCUUACUUCAAUAAAAACAACGCAGCAACUCCAACGACUUGGACUGAGCCCGGCACAAAUUGUCUUUGGGCUGCCGGCAAUGGAAUUAGAAAAAACGGCAUUGAGUGAGAUU